UUAUCUUUAACUUAACUUCAAAACGAGUCAUACGAUACGAUUCUAUGUACUCAAGUAAUUAUUUUUAUCAAAACAUUAACAAAUUAUCAUCUUAUCGACCCUUACCAACAAUAUUCGCGAUCUCUGGUUAUCAGUGCUAAUUAUUAUGACGUCACACGAUGCUAACAUGUGCAUAUUAUGACAAUUUUGCAAUGCAAACUACAUAGUUUGUUGUCUAGCUAAUUUUAGCUGGUUUCAUAGCAUGUUUAUCGCUGUAAGCGUGGAAGUGCAGUGGUUUUCUAUACAAAAUGGAUAGUAGUAGUGAAUCAAGUGAUAAAAAAGUGGAGGAUGAACAAAGAAAGGAGUUGGCGGCGCAUCAGAAAAUUUGUCUAGUAUGUGGAGACAAGGCGUUGGGGUAUAACUUUAACGCUAUAUCCUGUGAGAGUUGUAAGGCGUUUUUCCGUCGUAAUGCUUUAACUAGCAAGGAGUUUAAAUGCCCGUUCUCCAACAACUGCGAUAUUACGGUUAUAACUCGGCGUUUCUGCCAGAAAUGCCGUUUAGAAAAAUGCCUAGCCAUCGGCAUGGUGAAAGAGUUUAUCAUGUCAGAUGAGGAUAAAGCAGAGAAACGGAGGAAAAUAGAAGAGAAUAGAGCGAAGAAGAGGCAGCGGGAUCCGGACGAGGAUAUAACUAGCUCGAAGAACUUUAAGCGAGACGAUGAUGCUAUAAACACCUUUACGCCUCAAACACAAGAGUCUGUGAUACAAUAUGAUGUCCUUAACAGUACUACGUGUAGCCCUAACAGUACCGUACAAUCUCCUCUUAGCAAUGAGGUUGACUCGUUAAGUUCUCCUCCGGGUUACGGGUCCUAUGUUCCGGUUCAGAGCGCAGAUCACCCGUACACAAUGAAGGUGUUCCCGAUGGAUGAGAAGACUCAGUAUGAUCCGAGGAUGAUGGAGUCAUACAACAUGUGUGAUAGUAUGAUGUCCAUUGAAAGUAAUAUGUAUGAACAGCCAAAGCAGAACAGUAUAAGGUCAAUAUUGACAAAUGGCGAUGCGAUCAACCGGGAAGCGAAGCCGCUACACAUGUGCGAAGAGCUACCGUCCACGAGCACUGAUGCUGAUAUUAAUAAAGCUAGAGAUAUACUGCAGGACGUGGAACGAAUAGAACCUAAUUCCAUGGAGUCCAUACUGUGUGAGGCGAUCAAACUGGAAUUCGAAGCGUACACCUCCAUUAACCACUGCAGUGGGUCAUCCAGAGAACUAAAUGAGGUGGAGCGAGCCAAGCUAAACGAGCUUAUAGUGGCCAACAAAGCUCUGCACGCUCCUAUAGACGACGACAUGUCGCAGCUUGUAGCCGCUGACUGCACUUCCAACCUCAAAGAUGGUGACGGCGUUCACGACCCGCGGCUAGUGACCAUUGUGAACCUUACUGCCAUAGCAAUAAGGCGGUUUAUCAAGAUGGCCAAGAAAAUUAACGCCUUCAAGAACAUGUGUGAAGAAGAUCAGGUAGCUCUUCUAAAAGGAGGCUGUAUAGAGAUGAUGGUCCUGAGGAGUACAAUGACUUAUGAUGGACAAAUGAAUCAGUGGAAGGUACCUCACUCGCAAGAGCAAUUCGGCUGCAUCCGCACCGACGUCCUAAAGCUGGCGAAAGGAAACAUUUACCGCUCGCACGAGUCGUUCAUUCGCUCGUUCGACACGCGGUGGAGACAGGACGAACAGAUCAUACUGGUCAUGUCCGCCAUUUUGUUGUUCACCCCGGACCGGCCGAAGGUCGUACAUCGGGAUGUUAUCAAACUAGAACAGAAUUCCUACUACUACCUACUCCGGCGCUACCUAGAAAGCGUCUACCCGGGCUGCGAAGCUAAAUCCACAUUUCUCAAGCUCAUACAGAAGAUUCUAGAACUUCGGAAGCUUGCGGCAGAAGUCACCGGGGUGUAUCUAGAUGUGAACCCUAUUGAACCACUUCUGAUGGAGAUAUUUGAUUUGAAACACCAUCCUGCAUAGGUAA